AUUGCAAUCACCGAUAUAAAAAUGCUAGGAAUUGUGGUACAAAAUCUAUGUUAGAUCAUAUACCUAAGUGUCCUAAUAGGUCAAGAGAUGUACAAAAUGAGGGUGAUACCGGGGGUGGUUAUUUUGAUCAAGAUGUUUUACGUAAACAACUUGCACAUGCCAUUAUUUUACACGAGUAUCCACUCUUUAUAGUUGUUCAUGUGGGAUUUAGGAACUUUGUUGCGAGUCUCCAACCUAUGUUUAAGAUGGUUUCCAAAAAUACAAUCAAGAAUGACAUAAUAAAUUUUUUUGACAAUUUGAAAUCGCAAACUUCUAAGUUGGAGAAAGUCACGAGUAGAAUUGCAAUAACAACCGAUAUGUGGACUUCCAAUAGUAAUAAAAAAAGGUUCAUGGCUAUAACUGGUCAUUUCAUUAAUGAUUCAUGGAGGCUUCAAAGUCAUAUUCUGAGAUUUGCUUAUGUCCCUGUUCCACAUGAUAAAGAUGCUUUGUGUGGUGCUUUGGUUAAUUGUUUGUUUGAUUGGAAUCUUGAACGAAAAAUAUCAACUAUCACUAUUGAUAAUUCUAGCACAAACAAUGCUAUGAUUAAAACUUUAUUGGAUGAGAAACUUAAUAAAAAAGAUUUGUUGUUGACUGGUCGAGUAUUUUAUGUGCGUUGUGCUGCAUAUAUUUUAAAUUUGAUUGUGCAAGAAGGCGCACGUUUGGUUCACUGUUCUCGUAACAAGAAGUUGGAGUAUGAUUGGCCUGCUCGGUAACUUAACAUAUUUAAUGUUGAGAACAGCUAUAGAAUACAAAGAGGUAUUUAACAAGUUGAGUCUAACUGACACAAAUUAUCAGUCGUAUCCAACUGAAGAGCAAUGGAGUAAUGCAGAAGAUGUUUCUGAUAAGCUCAAACUUUUUUAUCAUAUCACUGAACAGUUUUCAGGAACUCAAUAUCCAACGUCCAGUCAAUACUUUACAAAAGUUUGUGAAUUAAGCUAGAAUUGGAAGCUUGGGUGAAUGAGUUUAAUCCUUUGAUUAGCGAUAUGGCAUCUGCGAUGUUGAAAUUUAAAAAAUAUUGGGAUGAUGUGCAUAUUUUGAUGGGAGUAGCUGCAAGCUUUGAUCCACGGUACAAGAUGAGGUUGGUAGAGUUCUUUCUUCCACUAAUUUAUGGUGAAGAAGCUUCAACUAAAAUUCAAGAAGUUCGAUCCAAUUGUUAUGAUCUCUUUCAAGAUUAUAAGAGUAAAUUAUCUGCUCCACAUGAUUCAUUAGCAUCUAGUUCUAGUGAAGUCACUAGUUUUACUCGGGGUGAUCGGCUUUCGAGCUUUGAUAGAUUUGUAGCUUCAACUGGAGCUACCGUGGAGAAAAGAUCAGAGUUGGAUAUGUACUUAGAAGAAGACCUACUACCUCGAACUCCUUCAUUUGACAAUUUGAGUUGGUGGAAGACAAAUGGAUGGAAAUUUCCUACAUUGCAAAAAAUGGCUCGUGAUCUCUUAGCCAUUCCCGUGUCUACUGUUGCUUCGGAAUCGGCAUUUAGCACUAGUGGGAGGUUGAUUAGCCCGCAUCGGAGUAGACUCCAUCCCACUACUUUGGAAGCUUUAAUGUGUGCUCGCACGUGGUUAUGGAAUGACUUAAUUGGUUUGACUUCUACGAUUGAUAAAGUUUCAUGUCCAACAUUGCUUGAUGAAGAGGACGAGCCAGAUUCAAGUGGUUUAUCGCAAUUCUGAACUAAGUUCCAUCCUUAAAACAUGGAGACAAAGCACUCGAGGUGUUGGGUAUGCAAUCAGAUGCAACGGAAGAUGGUUAUGUUGAUCAGGAGCUGUUUUCUCUAACAUGGAUAAAGGUAUUGCCCACCUUCACUCUGCUUACUUUUGUCACUUCAUAGUACUCCUCAUUAUUGUUGUUGUUGUUGUUGUCGUCAUUGUUAUCGUUGUAAGUGUUACCACCGUUGUAGUACUGCUGCUGGUGGUUGUUACUGUAAAAGUUGUCGCCACUGUAGAACUGUUGCUGCUGCUGCUGGUUGUUGCGCUUAGUACUAUAAUCGCUGACAUUAUUGCUUCAUAUAUAUUUAUUGCUUCCUAUA